CAGUGGGUUUGGCUCCGGGGCUCAAUGGAAACUGGGUGAGCGCCGGGCUGUGCCGAGCACACGCCGGCUGGAGGGGACGGCGAGCGGGCGGGAGGCGGCAGGCAGCGCCGCGCCGCGCUGAGCCGAGCCGAGCGAAGGAGGGACUCGCCGGGCACGGCCGCCACCAGCCCUCCCCAAUCCUCCGUCAUCCUUCCCGCCGCGGCCGCCUGGCCCCCUGACAGCCGGCGGAGCAGCAACCCCACACGGCCCCCUUCCAGUCAGGCACGACUGAACCAUGGAGCUUCGAGUGGGGAACAAAUACCGGCUGGGCAGAAAGAUCGGCAGCGGUUCGUUUGGAGACAUUUACCUAGGAGCCAAUAUUGCGACUGGUGAAGAGGUGGCCAUCAAACUGGAAUGUGUCAAAACCAAACAUCCCCAGCUCCACAUUGAAAGCAAGUUCUACAAGAUGAUGCAGGGAGGAGUGGGUAUCCCCUCCAUUAAGUGGUGUGGAGCAGAGGGGGACUAUAAUGUGAUGGUGAUGGAGCUCUUGGGGCCCAGCCUGGAAGAUCUCUUCAACUUCUGUUCCCGCAAAUUUAGUCUCAAGACAGUUCUGCUCCUGGCAGACCAGAUGAUCAGCCGUAUUGAGUACAUUCAUUCCAAGAACUUCAUCCACCGGGAUGUGAAGCCAGACAACUUCCUUAUGGGCCUCGGCAAAAAAGGCAACCUAGUAUACAUCAUUGAUUUUGGUUUGGCCAAGAAGUACCGAGACGCCCGGACCCACCAGCACAUCCCCUACCGGGAAAACAAGAAUCUGACUGGCACAGCCCGUUAUGCCUCUAUCAACACCCACCUGGGAAUCGAACAAAGUCGCCGUGAUGACCUGGAGAGCCUGGGCUAUGUGCUCAUGUAUUUCAACCUGGGCUCGCUGCCCUGGCAGGGCCUCAAGGCUGCCACCAAGCGCCAAAAGUACGAGAGGAUCAGUGAGAAAAAGAUGUCGACACCCAUUGAAGUGCUCUGCAAAGGGUACCCUUCUGAGUUCUCAACAUACCUCAACUUCUGCCGCUCACUGAGGUUUGAUGAUAAACCCGACUACUCGUACCUGCGGCAGCUCUUCCGCAACCUCUUCCACCGCCAAGGCUUCUCCUAUGACUAUGUCUUUGACUGGAACAUGCUUAAAUUUGGAGCAGCCCGAAACCCUGAGGAUAUGGAUCGGGAGCGGCGAGAGCAUGAGCGAGAAGAGAGGAUGGGGCAACUCCGGGGGUCAGCCACGCGAGCGCUGCCCCCUGGCCCGCCUGCUGGAGCCACUGCCAACCGUCUUCGUAAUGUCACCGAGCCCAUGGCCUCCACCCCUACCUCCCGAAUCCAACAGUCCGGAAACACGUCCCCCAGAGCCAUCUCAAGAGUGGACAGGGAGCGGAAGGUCAGCAUGAGGUUACACCGAGGAGCUCCUGCCAACGUCUCCUCAUCUGACCUCACAGGGCGGCAAGAAGUGUCACGGAUUUCAGCAUCACAGACAAGUGUGCCAUUUGAUCACCUUGGGAAGUGAGGAGCAAUUGCCACUGGACCAGUGUUUGCUUAGUGUCUUCACUGUAUUUUUCUUUUAAAAAACAAAAAAACCAAAAAACAAACAAAAAACUAAAAAAGACAAAAAAACAACAAAAAAAAAACCCCAACAGAAUUUCUUUUUGCCAACGACGAGGAGUCGAGCUGUGCCCCUGCGCUGGCGUGAGCCGUUUGAGAGGGCCGCCUGCGUCCCCCAGCGCGAGCGCCUCCAAGAAGCUUGACGACGCGGGAGCCGUGCGGGAACACCUCCGCUACCCCCCCCCAGCCCUACCCUGGCCCUACCACUGCCCACACUGGCUGCCCCCAGUUCCCUCUCCUGACUCUCUGCUCCUGGUUUUGGUUUCUCUCUCUCUUUUUUUUUUUUUUUUUUUUUUUUUUUCCCCCUUCUUCUUCUUGGAUAUCUUUUCCUGCUUUGGUUUUUUUUUUUUUAAUUAUUAUUUUUAAAUCAUAUGGUUUCUGGCCAUAUAAAUUUUAACUUUGCUCUCCUUUUUUUCUGAGGGCAGGGGACGGAGGUGGGUGGGUGGGGGUUUUUUGUUUUGUUUUUUUGUUUUGGUUUGGUUUUUUUUUUUUUUUUUUCAGGAGCCGUGUGGGCCAGGAGGGAAUCAGAUUCCAGCCACACUUGAUGGUAGAAGUCUGAUUUUUAUUACUAUAACAGAAUUUAUUUUCUCAAGCAUUAAAUGAAUUUUAAGCUGUGAGGGGAAUUGUGGCAACAGCCUAAUCACUGACUUGGGCUUCCUUUCCUUGGGUGGCUUCUCUGCGUUUUUUUUCUGGCUGUCGGGAGAAGUGCCAGACUUCCCUGAUCCGAGUGGUCCUCACGUGCUGAGGGAUCUCUAUGGAGAGGCACCUGGUCCCAUGGAGGAUGGGAAGGCUGGAGCUGAAAUACAGGGAGAAAUACACUUCCCAUCCCUGCAGCGGGGUCUUUUUUUCGUCUGGCUGUGCGUGUUUUUCUAUUUUUUUUUUUUUUUUUUUAAUUAAAACUUGUUUUAAUUCCUGCGGAGAGAGUGUGGGACUUGAGGAGAAGAGAGGGGCGCACAGAAACUGGAGUUUGGUGUUCUUUCAGAGCGAUGGCUCUUGCUCUCUCCUUCCCUCAUGCAACCCCAAGUAAGAUCCACAGUACAUGCACAAUCCCUUCCUGCCCUUUCCCACCUGUCUCCCCCCCCUUUCCCCCCCACUUUAGUUGUUUUUAAAUAUAAUUUAGGAAUACUCAAGCUGCUUUGUGGCACUUGGGGCUUUGAAACACAAUGAUCACCACUGCGACCUAUGGCCUGUAGCAGACACACUGUCACUGUAGUGUGGAGCCGAUGGGUUGUUGGCGGGGGGGGGGGGGGGGGGGGGGGGGGAGGGUGGGGUUAGUCUUUGUUUUGUUUGUUUUUAUCCUUUCUAUUUAACACUUUAUUUUUCCUCCCUAUUUUUUUCCUAAUUUAUUUACCCCUCUUACUGUCUCUCUCUUUUUUUUAAUUAAAGAGCAAAACUUUUUAUUACUUUGUAAUUUAAAAAAACAAAAAAAAACCUGAAGAACUUUGGGGGGGAUUUUGUACUUUUUUCCUGUGUAAAUAUUGGACUUUUUUGAGCUUUAUCGUGGUUGUUAAUUUGAAGUAAUAAAGUAGAAAAUGAUAAAGUGA